UCCUCUCUCUCUCUCUCUCUCUCUCUCGUUCUCUCUCCAUCCAAACUCCCAAAACUUGCCAUUCUCGCAAACGAUCUCACUCGCAACUCUCUCUCGCUCCUUCGUGCGAUCGCUCAAAACCCUAAUCCCAUCCUUCUCCACCGAUCUCGCGCUCUCCAAUCCCCCAAGAUCGCAAGGUUCUCCUUCGAUCGCGAAACCCUAAUUCUUCUUUCUCUCGCUCUCGUUCCCGGUUGGAUCUUGCUGUGUUCCGGCGAUUACGAUGGCGGAGGGGAAGGUGGACCGGGCGGAGGAGUUCGUCGGCGCCGACAAAGCUGCGGCGGUGGCGGCGUCGGCCGGGAAAGCAGCUCUUUCCUUAGGACACACUGAGGAGAAGGUUCCUCUGGGAUUUCUUGGUGAAUCAAAAGAUCAGCCAUUUUCAGAGAAUAGCAUUCCUCUUUCUCCCCAAUGGCUCUAUGUUAAACCGAUUGAUAGCAAGGAUGGUCGGCCACAAAAUUCUUCAUCUCAUGGAUCUUCACCAGAUUCGGCUCAGAAAGAUGCUUGGCGUCUGGAUGGAUCUCAAGAUAAGAAAGAAAGGAGGAGGAAUGCACCUGACAUCGAAAAUACUCGUCGCUGGCGCGAAGAGGAGAGGGAGACUAGCUUACUUGGUAGGAAGGAACGGAAAAAUGAACGUCGUAAUGGCAAUAAUACUUCGAGAGAGUCUUCGGAUUCUCGGAUUUCACAUUCAUCUGAAAGGUGGAAUGAAGCUCCCGUCCGUAAUGCAGGGAAUGAAAGUCGACGUGAUAGCAAAUGGUCAUCACGAUGGGGGCCAGAGGACAAAGAGAAGGAAUCUCCACCAGAUAAAAAGUUGGAUGCGGAUAAGGAAAAGGAUGAUUCUCAUGCUGAAAAGCAGCCUAUAAUUGGGAACCCCCGUCUGCCGUCGGAGUCAGAUUCUCGUGAUAAAUGGAGGCCUCGUCACCGUCAAGAAAAUCGUGCAGCUCCAGGAUUUGGGCCACAAAGAGGACGUGGUGAGGGUUCAAGUGUGGGGUUUGCACCUGGGAGGGGUAGAGCAAAAACCAAUGUGGUCUUGCCAUUUAGCAGUUCAGCGUCUACUGGGCUGAUUGGUGCUUCACCUAUAAGAACAUCUGGUAUAUUGACAGACACUUUUCGCUAUCCUAGGGGGAAACUUCUUGAUAUAUACCGGAAGCAGAAGACACUUUCAUCCUUUGACACUAAACCUGAGGGCCUUGAGGAAGUUCCUUGUAUUACAUUUUCUAGCACGGUGACACCACUGGCCUUUCUUGCACCUGAGGCAGAUGAAGAGGCUCUUUUAGAGGACAUCUGGAAAGGAAAGGUCACAAGCAGUGAAGAAAACUGUUCAAGCAAUGACCAGAUGAAGGGAGUUGAUGACUUGGGGGACAAAACAUAUGGUGAAAUAUCUUCCAGCUUCAUCGAAGGAUCCUCUGCAGAUUCUGGAGUAGGGGAAAGCAAGGAUAAACUGAACUCUUUGACUUCUGGCUUGGAUAAAGAUGAUAUAGCUCCAGCAGUUUCAGAAAGUGAUGUUUGUAUGGAUUCCGAGGAGAAAGUCAUUGAGGAUGUAAAUUCUGAUUUCGUGAAGAACAUGAAGUUAGAUUGCUUGGAGUCAAGUUCUGGUUUUGAUGUUAGUGCUAAGCUACCUGAUGAUUCCAAUUUACUGUUCGAUACUCCAUUCAUCGACAGCACUCCAAAACCCACCAAAUUCUAUCAAAAUUCUGUUUCUGAAGUAAAGUCCUUAGAGGAUGAUAAUGCUUCGGAAGAGUUAAGCUUGUUUUACCUGGAUCCUCAAGGAGUUACACAGGGGCCAUUUCUAGGUGCUGACAUCAUCUCCUGGUUCCAAGAAGGAUAUUUUGGUAUUGAUCUACUUGUAUGCCGUUCAGAUGCUCCAGAGGGCACUCCUUUCCGCCCACUCGGUGAAGUUAUACCACACUUGGCCUUAAAACCUGGAACAGGUCCUAUUGUCUCUCCUAGUGAGAAAUCUGAGGCCUUGGAUUCUAAAAGAAGCAACUUGGAGGCAAUACUUCCUUCUUCUGAUAUAAGAGAUACUUUUCCCACAAAUGGCCAGGAAUGGGCUACUUCUAAAUCAUGGUCGGAUCAAGCAAGCAAGUUUGUUACCGACGAGUAUAAGGUUUCCAGUUCAGAAGGGCAACGCUUGCAAGAUCUUGGAGGGCAGGAUGUCGAAGAAGUGCUGUACACAGGGAGGCCUAAGAGUCGGUCGGACUCCGUGCUAGAAAAUCUUCCUAAUGAGCACAAGGAUUCAUCAUUUUCCUCUAGUAGUCACCAUUUUAUUGGGUCUGAAGUAGGAGAAGCUGGUUUACGGGGCCAUAAAGUUUCAAAGGGUAAUGAUCCAAACCUUCUUGGGUUGUUCUGGUCUGAGCUGGAAGGAAUGCAUUCAAAAGGCCCUCUUUCAUCCAAUACAGCUAGCAAUCUUGAUCAGUGGAUAGUUAAUAACCAACAGGAUAAAUUUAAUAUGAUUGAUGAUACCUCCAUUAAUCCCGAUGAAUGGCCCGCUGAUCAUAUGAGGAACAACCAUUCAAAUGUAUUCCCUGAUGCUAUUGAUGUUGGUAGAUUCUCCCGUCCUGAAGCUGAAUCGAACCGUUUAAGUUUGGAAGAGUACUUUCUCUCUCAACAGUUACAGAAGCAACAACUUCAACAACAACAGUCACUUUCUAAUCGAAAUCUGGAUUUUUCUGCACAAUUUGUGGAGCAGAUGCGAAAUUCUGCCCUCCAACAACGAUCUAUUAGUCCACAAUUGCCAGAAUUGGAUCACCUUUCAAAAUUUCAAUUUGAAAUUGAACAGCAGAAGCAUCUUCGGCGAUUGCAGCAGCAGCAGCAGCAGCAGCAGCAGCAGCUUAAGCGAUUGCAGCAGCAGCAGCAGCAGGAGCAACUUCAGCGACUGCAGGAGCAGCAGCAGCUUCAGCGGUUGCAGGAGCAGCAGCAGCUUCAGCGGUUGCAUGAGCAGCAGCGGCUUCAGCGGUUGCAGGAGGAGCAGCGGCUUCAGCGGUUGCAGGAGGAGCAGCAGCGGCUUCAGCGGUUGCAGGAGGAGCAGCGGCUUCAGCGGUUGCAGGAGGAGCAGCAGCGGCUUCAGCGGUUGCAGGAGGAGCAGCUUCAGCAGCACUUACAAAUGCAAAUGAUGCAGCAGAAGCAGCAGCAGAAACAACAGCAGCUGCUUCUUGAUCAAAUGCUGCAUCAGCAAUUACAGGAUUCUACCUUCGGGGCUACACGUAUGGACCCCCAUCCAAUGCACAAUGUUCUUCAUCAGUCUUUUCUUAGGCAGCGAAUGUUAAAUGAGCCACAGCAGCAAAGCCACUAUAUCCAACAGCACAAUGAUGCGACAAUCGAACAGCUUCUCCAAGCAAAAUUCGGGAACAACCUUCACCAUGUAGAUCACAAUUAUAUGUUUGAUGUCCAAUCUCUGUCCAAGCAUAAGCAGACUCUUCCAUUCGAACAGCAGCUUCCUUUAGGGCUUCAGCAAGAACAGAUUCAAGCACGACAAUUGGCCGCGGCUUUGAGACACCAGCCGGGCAAUGAGGAAGAGAGGCAUGGUGCGUUGUGGUCGGUCGAUGAAGCUGGUCCAUUCAUCAGGACCACAGCUAGUCCACACCAGGCUCGUUCAGCUAGAUUUGGUCCAUUGGAUUUUAUUCAGCCUCCUCAAAGGACUUUGUCAUUUGAGCAAACCUCCCUCAAACAGAAAUUCCAAUUGCAUGAACCAGACACAGACUUUGUUAAAGCCCUAACACAGUUUCAAGGACUGGAUCAGCAAGAACAAUUUUCUUCUGAAGUUAAUCCCUAUCAACAAAGGUUUCCCAAACAACAUACCAGUCGAAACAUGGAUGCGGUGGAGAGAGUCGGGUCCAAUUCUGAUGAGGAGCUAUUGAAACGCUUGACUGAAUCUGAAGAGUUAGAAAGAUAUAUAGAAUAUCAAGUACAAAGGUCGCAACUAGAAGAAGAGAAGCACAGGGAUGGAGUGAAUAUACUUGUUAAGAAACGGAAUGCGAGGUCAUCAUUUGUUGGAAAUGAUGGAAUCUAUCAGAAGUCGGUGCCUCAAUUUGAACAAUCGUCAGGGUUUGCUGAUGGUGUGCUCACAUCGUCCUACGGGCAGAAUGAACCUUCUUGGUUAUUUGCCCAGCCUGUUGCUGAUAAAUCCUUUAAGGCUACAAAAGAUAGAAUGGGCUUUGGAGAUUCUUAUGCAGAAAGUGCUUUUGCUCAAGGAGUGCCUGUAUCACAGGAGGAAUUUGCUAAUGCUAAUUUGGGAAAUCAAGGUAGCAUUAGAAGUGAUGGAAGAUUGACUUUUCUAUCUCCAUCGGAAACAUCGGUUGACCGGAAGCACUUCCUUUCAAAUUUGGACGAAAUUCAAAAUGAAGAGUUUGUCAAUGCUAUGAGUGGGGUGGGGCAACCAGUGGGCAGAGAUCAACAGCAGAAAGGUUCUGCUCCCAUCAGACAUUCUUCUGUUGGCAGCAUUGGUGGAGAUGGAGUCUUCCACAAUCAUGAGGUUGGAGAUGAUGCUUCUUUUGGUGGAGAGAUGAACAACAACAGGAUCCCAACCUUUCUCUCUAAGGGUAUCUCUGAUUCGUUGCUACAGCAUGGACAUGAUGAACAAGUUGUAUCAUCUCAGGUGGUAUACUCGGAUCUAGCCUCAACCCCAUCCAUAAGAGGGAAGAAUUUGACAACCAUUACAUCCUCUGAUGAGAGUUGGCGAGAAACCGGUGGUCCUUCAUCCAACCAAGCUUCAGAAGUCCCUUCAUUUAAUAAGAAAGACCCGGCCGAGCCUUCAUUCAUCGACAUAUUGAAGAGCACCAAAAAGCCGACAUCUGAGCCCGAGGCUUCUGUGGAGCCGGAAUCCGGUGCAGUUUCUAAGAGCAACAAGAAGAAAGGGAAGAAAGGGAGGCAGAUCGACCCCUCUCUCUUGGGCUUCAAAGUCCACAGCAACCGCAUCAUGAUGGGUGAGAUCCAGCGCUUCGAUGAUUGAGCGUAUCUAUGUACAUGUCGUCUUCCUCACAAGGCUGUACAGGUUGUAAAGUUCACCGAGCUCCUGAACUUCUGCUCCUUUUUGUUUUUCCUUCUCCAAUUCUUUCUUUGUUUUGAAUCUUUGAUUGUCCUUAUACUCGCAGAGGUUAGUCGAAAGCCCUAGGGUUUGAUUUUGAAAUGUAACCACACAACCCCUCCCUCCCCCUUCACAGAAUCUGGUAUUAAAUGUACAUGUCGGAAUAAUAACAUCUUGUACAGAAACAGUGUUAUUGCCGCAAUUCCCUCAGUUGGGUUUUGAUUUCAAGUA